CACUAUGUCAUCGAUAGAAGCCAAACUUUGUACAAAAGAUGACGAGGUUGUUGUUUCUAGGGACAUGAUCAGUGCGUUGCCAAACGAUUUGCUCAUCCAGAUUUUGUUGCUUGUCUCGACCAAAGAUGCUGUGGCCACCAUGGUUUUAUCAAAACGAUGGCGUUUUCUCUGGACGGUGAUGCCUAAACUCGAGUACAAAUACACCGAUGAUGAUGGAUGCAAAAGCGUUUGGAAGUUUCUUGAAAAGUCAUUGGAACUUCACAAGGCACCUUUCUUAGAAACUCUAUGUAUCCAACUCGGACAAAGAUUUCCUGAUGGUGAAGAUGUUAGAAAAUGGGUUGCUAGUGCGGUGGAUCGCUUGGUGCGCAAGCUAGACUUGGAGCUUCUUUGGGCCGCAGAGCUUACUAGGUUACCUAAGAGCCUCUACACCAGCAAAACGCUUGUGGAGUUGAAUCUUUCCAACAAGAUCCUUGUGGAUGUUCCUCCCUCAGCUUUCCUCCCCUCUAUCAAAAUAUUGCGGCUUUUCUUUGUUGUUUACAAAGACGAAAACUCGCUUGUCAGGCUUUUAUUAGGUUGCUCAGUUCUUGCUCGAUCGAGAGUGUUCCUCGGCAUCACGGAUUGGAAGAGAGACCCUCUCCCGAUGUGGAAUAUAAAACGUUAUGAUAAGCCACAUAUAUUUGUUCGUUGUCGUGCUCAUGACAAGUUUAUCAGAUGUAUUUCCUUGGUCACUAAUCUCUGUUUACUUUUGAACGAUCCCAAGGUUCUGGAUUUUAGUGGCAAUACCUUCUCUCGGCUUCAACGGUUCAUACUAUAUGCGUUUGGGCAUUUCUGGUUGGAUCUAAUUCCACUAAUUCUCAACAAGUCUCCUAAACUACAGAUUCCUCUAUCUCUUCCCAUUCAAACUUCUCUGAUUAAGACUGCCACCUAUGGGGUGGAUGAAAAUCGCUUUUGCAGGAACUCGACCCAGAUACUUGAGUACCCAUCAGAGUCGUAUGGCUCUGGUACCCAUCACACUUCUUACCUAUCAAGAAGUAGGUGUGUAGGCGCACUGUUAAUAGGAGAUCUUGUGACGAUGUAUGCCUAUUAUCUCCCCAUCGUGAUGAUGUUACAAGAGGAUUUCACAACUCCAAUCGCAAAACUGAAACAGGCAGCUGAAGCCAUGACCGUCGAGAUGCACACCGAUCUGCAUGGGAAGGUACUAAAGGCUGUGAUUGCUUAUAAGAUGAAGCUUUCUUUCACACCAAUAGUUCAAUUAAACCCAGUUUCUGAGAUUUGGAAGACUGCAAUAAGC